CGCCGACGUCUUGGAAGGGUUUUUGUGCCCCAUCUGCUUGGUGGACCUGACGUCCAUCACCCAACUCCAGGCACAUUUUGAAGAACAACAUGCGUCUGAGGAUAAGGAUGUGGUGCAGUCUCUUAAAGGAUUCUUGAGUAAAGCUAAGAAAAAAUUACUCAAUGAAGAUGAGCCUGAUAACGUAACGCAAAGGGAAUUUGAUGGCAGUGGAUUAGAAUACGAGCCAAACAAUCCUUGGAACUGGGACCCACCCCCUUUAGGACCUUCAAGAUGCCACACUUCCUUGUUCAAGAAGAUUCGGAGUGCAAGAAUAGAUUCCUUCGUUGCAGAGACCAACAAGUUAUUGAUUAGAUUAGAUAAAUUACUUAGAGACAUUCCCAGUGACCCUGUUAAACGGAAAGCCCACGAACGAAGUAUAGUGAUGUGGGCCGAAGAUAAGGAUGUUCCAUUGUGCCCGUUUUGUGCCAGGACUUUUAACUUAGCUCGGCGUCGUCAUCAUUGUAGGCUGUGCGGAGGCAUUAUGUGUGAUGAAUGCUCAGAAUUCUUGACAUUUGAUUAUGCAACAACACAGCACUACAUGGUAGUUAAGCACCAAAGCACCCACCUCAACUCACACCUAAUGGGGCAGUACCCAUUUAGUGUUACUUCUGCAUCCGUUCAUCCAGCCAGACAUUCUCCACUAUGUAUAUCUUCAUGCAGAAAAACUGUUAGUCCAGUUCACCAGGGGAAUGUGAAUCAAAUGACCACGGUAGCCACCAGCAGCAGCAGUAGCAGUGGCGGGCCUCUCAUGACCUCUUUCCUUGCCGGCAUUUCUGGUCUGCGUCGCUCCGGUUCACAAGGAUCCCUUAAUUCCCUCCUGUCGGUGAUGGACUCCAUGACCAGUGAGCAGCACUUCCGUGUCUGCCGGCACUGCAUGAUGAGACUACAAGCACGAGACAACCAAGUAGAACAACGGACGUCAAAGCCAACUUUAUCCCUCUACUAUGAAAAACUUAUGGAAUAUCGAGCACUAUUGGAGAGACUCCUACCCCAGUAUAUUCAGAUGGCAGAAUCAUUAAAUGCGGGAGAAACCACAUACAAUCUGCAAGAUGCUGAGGAGCUGAGAAUGAAAAUCCUUAGGACUGGUGACAAUUUAAACUCCAUGACCCAGAAGAUCCGCAACCUUGGCAUAGGGAACCAAGAUGUUCCUGAUGGGGCCGCUAGCAGUACGCCUCUGGGAUCACGGCAGGAGCUCCUACAGAGAAGGAUAUUUUCAACAUCAUCUGGAUUCCUCAAAGACCAUAUUCUAAGCCUUCCGAAACUACCCACCUUCCAGGAGCUAAAGGAGACUCAGGAGAGGAGAAGAUUGGAAGCAGAAGCAAGGUUGGCAGCUGAAAAGGAAGCUAUGCGGCAGGCAGAGGAGAGAGCAAGUGAGAUCCUGCGACGUAGGGACAAGGAGAGCAAAGACUCACCAAGAACAACCCCAAACCGGUCCAGCAGUAGUAACACCCCAAGCAGAUCAAGCAGCAGUACACCAGUGUCCUUCUCCACCAGUAGAAAAAAGCAGUCAGAUGAAGUUGUUGUUGACACAGGCUGGGGCCCAAAUCUCUCUCCUCCCUGUGUAACAGAGACUGAUGAUCCAAUGAUCCAGCAGAUGAACAAUCUUAGGAAUUAUAUAAGGCAGGCAAGGGAAGCAAAUCGAUAUGAUGCGGUAGCUACAUUAGAAGCCAACCUGAAGGAGCUUCAGGGAGAAUACAAAAAGCAGCAGCGUUUGAUGAAUCCAUAGAAAUUGCAGCUCUAGGCAUCUCUUUUAAUUAUACUGGUGCAAAAAAAAAGAACGCAAAAGCAGAGAGGGACGAAAAAUAGGGAAGAGAGGAAAGGAUGAGUAAAUGAAAUAUUGAUCUUGUAAUAUAUGGUACAAUAUAUGGAUAUUAGAUACUGA